AUGGCAGAAAUCCAUGAAGUCACUAACAAGUGGACAAGACCAUGUUGUCAAUUGUCAACAUCUCGUUCUGGAUGUCAAGCAAUUGAAAAUGAAGGAGCUUGUCCUCGAUUCACUGAACUUAUUCAAUCGAAUAAUGAAUAUAUUGCUGCCUAUACUGCAGCAAUCUUACAUCGUAUUGCUCAAGAUAAACCAGAAACAUAUCGACGUCGAUUAUCGUUGGAAUUGCGUCAAUCACUUUUUGACGGUGGUCUCCUACUAAACGAUACAAUACCACCACCAACUAAUGAAUUCGAUCCAUAUACAACAAGUCCAUCGAAAUUAUCAAAUGAUCAGUCACCAUAUAUGAUUACGGAUAGACGAUCAAGAAAUCUAUCUGGUUCAAAUUUAAGAUAACAAACAAACAAACAAACGAAUAAAAAAAAUUUAUCACAUAACUUCUUUUAGAAUGAUUUGCUUUUCAAUUGAAAAAAUAUGUCUCAAUUAUUAUUAUUAUUAUCAUUAUCAUCAUCAAAC